CCAGCUGCUCUUCUCCAAGAUAACGCUCUCAGCCAUGCCUUCCUGGAUCGUCAAGCUCGGUGCCCUCGUGGCUUUGGCGCAUACCGUCGCCGGAUCUCAGAUCUCCCUCAGGACGACCACGCCGCCGGCGAAUGAGUACGUGACACACUGCACUGUCAUCCUCGAUGAUGAGUUUUUUGGCUGCAAGGGCAGUUCGAAGCCUUUCGGAAAGAAGUGCGGCCACAACAGGGGCAUCCAGACCAAGUCUAUCUGCGAUACAUCAUCCGUCACCGUGGAUUGGUCCACCGCCCAGGUCACCUUCCAGGAUAACAAUGGCCACUCGGCUAACUGCACGCUGAGUUCGACUGAGGAGGGAGGUCACUGCAACACUGACGACCCUGAUGAGUUCCCAAUUGAGCACAAUGGAGCGGAGAGGCUCGGAGCCGGAGCUGCCCUCUGGGGUCUUGGCACCAUGGCUGCCACCCUGUUUAUCUAAACCUGACGAUUGAACUCAAGAAACUGGGUCUUUCGCCAUUUCAUGAUUACACUAUUCCCAUGAUCACUGGCUCAGCUACAAAACCAUCGAUACCAUUGGAAGCAAGUCUACCAUGGAUGCCGUUAUCAUAUACCCACGAUCUCCCGCAUCUAUGCCUGAAAGGAAAGGGAUAACGCAGGACCGAACACACUGAGGCAAUACUUUCUAAUGAGCUGUUCUUUAUCUUUCUUCGCCUCUACCAUUAUGUAUAUAGUUUUAUUUCUUAGUCAAAAAUAACGAGGGAAAAAAAACCACAACCAAACCUCAAUCUCUG